AUGGGGCUGGUGGACAUCUGGGGAUUCUGCUUGUUCAUGCUGGCUGGGAUGCUACAUGGAUCCUGUGCCAGAGCCACGCAGGAGCUGAAGGCAGCCUUCACCGAGCUGCAGGCCAAGGUGAUAGACACCCAGCAGAAGGUGAAGCUGGCCGACAUCCAGAUCGAGCAGCUCAGCAAGACGAAGAAGCACGCCCACCUUACCGACACCGAGGUCAUGACGCUGGUGGACGAGACCCGCAUGUACGAGGGUGUGGGGAGGAUGUUUAUUCUUCAGUCUAAAGGAGUGAUUCAUAAUCAGCUUUUAGAAAAACAGAGAAUAGCUGAAGAGAAAAUCAGGGAACUAGAGCAGAAGAAGUCCUACCUGGAACGGAGUGUGAAGGAAGCAGAAGAUAACAUCAGGGAAAUGCUGAUGGCCCGAAGGGCACAGUAG